UCCUUUGCAUUUACAGAGUAGAGAAUUACUGACCAGUCUUAUGAUACCACCGAAAACUUUUCUUAACUUUAUGACUACUCUGGAGGACCACUACGUCAAAGACAAUCCGUUUCACAAUUCGCUGCAUGCCGCUGACGUGACACAGAGCACAAAUGUGCUACUCAAUACACCGGCAUUGGAAGGUGUAUUUACGCCCCUCGAGGUGGGCGGAGCGCUGUUCGCCGCUUGUAUACACGAUGUUGAUCAUCCUGGCUUAACCAAUCAAUUUUUGGUUAAUUCAAGUUCCGAACUAGCAUUAAUGUACAAUGACGAAUCUGUUUUGGAAAAUCAUCAUUUAGCUGUUGCCUUCAAAUUAUUGCAAAAUCAAGGAUGUGAUAUAUUCUGUAAUAUGCAAAAGAAACAACGCCAAACAUUGAGGAAAAUGGUUAUUGAUAUUGUGCUCUCGACGGACAUGUCCAAGCACAUGAGCCUACUGGCCGAUCUGAAAACUAUGGUGGAGACCAAGAAAGUGGCCGGAUCUGGAGUUCUGCUCCUGGACAACUACACAGAUCGCAUACAGGUACUUGAAAAUCUGGUACACUGCGCUGAUCUGAGCAAUCCCACCAAGCCAUUGCCGCUGUACAAGCGUUGGGUGGCGCUGCUUAUGGAGGAGUUCUUUCUACAGGGCGAUAAGGAACGUGAACAUGGCAUGGACAUCAGUCCGAUGUGCGAUCGCCACAAUGCAACCAUUGAGAAGUCGCAAGUGGGCUUCAUCGAUUACAUUGUGCAUCCGCUGUGGGAGACAUGGGCCGAUCUGGUGCAUCCAGAUGCCCAAGAUAUACUCGAUACGCUUGAAGAGAACAGAGACUACUAUCAGAGCAUGAUACCGCCAUCGCCGCCACCAUCGGCCGCCGAUGAAAUGCCGCAGGACGAGAAGAUACGCUUUCAGGUAACGCUCGAAGAGUCCGAUCAAGAGAAUUUGGCCGAACUGGAGGAGUGUGAUGAGAGCGAGAGCCGAGAUGCCUGCUCCAGCACAACCACAGGGACAACGGCCCCAAGUGCGGCAGGAGGUGGCUCCGCUGGCGGUGGAAAGCCGUCUGGGAGUCAAAAUCAGGCGCCACACGGUGGAAUAUGACGGAGAGUCGUGGGAAUUUAUCGCAAAUUUACGGAAAAGGCGCAUAGCUUCUUCCUAAUACGUUAGUGACUAUAAUUAACAAAAAAAAAAAAGAAAACUUCAACCAAAAAUUUAAGAAAAUUAAAAAAAAAAAACAAAACAAAAAGCUAAAAAAAAAAAAAAAAAAAGAACAAAAAAAAACAAAAGAUUAAGCAAAUGUUUAAAGCAUAAAACCAAAUCAGCAAUAGCUAAAGUACCGUUUAACUUCUAGAGAAAGAACGUAAAAGAAAACAUAAAGAAAAAAAAAACAUAGGAAAUUAGAAAUUUACUUACUGGAAAAUAAGAUCGAUGUGGAAUACACUGGAAACCAAAAAGCAAAUUUAAAGAAAGCGAAAGUAAGAGAAAGAGAAAGAGCAGCAUUAACAUAACAUUAAUAAAUAUCUAAUCCUAAAACCCCCCAAGACCCCCCAAGACAAGGCAAACGCGCAAACGAAAAGCAGAGCAAAGCAAGAGAAAGAAAAAAGAGAAGCUAUCAACAGAAUAAUCCAAAAAUCGGACAUAAGCACAACCAUAGACGUUUUUACUAAUUCGAUUCAAUUAAAUCUUUUGUGUUCUUUUAAUACAUUUUUAAAAGCAAACUCUAGUUUUACCAAAAUCCAAUUUCUGUUAAAUUUAAGUCAACGGCUUGUUUUUUUUUUAUCUAUAUAUAUAAAUUACUUUUUAUUAUAUUGACAAAUCAAGGCCAGGAAGGCAACUCUAGAACAAC